AUGGCUUUAACAGCUGCUGCUUUACCAUUCUUUGUUUUGGUGUCUUCAAUAUGCAUUGAUGUUUCCUCAGCCUCCCAAUCCCAUUACCGGCAAAUUCGGCCCCCGCAGCUCACCACCAACUAUUAUCAGAAAAGCUGCCCCAGAUUUGAGCAGAUCAUACAAGACACCACCACUAACAAGCAGAUCAGCUCCCCCACCACCGCCGCCGCCACCCUCCGCCUCUUCUUCCACGACGCCCUCCUCCAAGGCUGCGACGCCUCCGUCCUCAUCUCCUCCACUCCCUUCAACAAGGCAGAACGCGACGCCGACAUUAACCUCUCUCCUGGCGACGGCUUCGACGUCGUCGUCCGCGCCAAGACCGCCCUCGAGCUCGCCUGCCGCGUCGUCUCCUGCGCCGACAUCUUGGCCGUCGCCACCCGCAACCUGGUCACCAUGGCCGGCGGCCCUUACUACCCGGUUAGACUCGGCCGCCGGGACGGUUUAGUCUCCAAAGCAUCCGCCGUCCAAGGAAAUCUUCCCCUCCCCACAAUGUCCCUGACUGAAAUCAUCAAAAUAUUCGGGUCCAGGGGCUUUUCGGUCCAAGAAAUGGUGGCGCUCUCCGGCGCUCACACCAUAGGAUUCUCGCAUUGCAAGGAAUUCAGCUCAAACAUCUACAACUACAGCAGGGCCUUAGAGUCGGAUCCCUCCUACAACCCGAGGUUCGCGGCGGCAUUGAGAAAUGCUUGUGCGGAUUACAAGAAGAAUCCGACGUUGUCGGUGUUCAACGACGUAAUGAGCCCGAACAAGUUCGACAAUAAGUACUUCCAGAACUUGCCGGAGGGGCUGGGGGUUUUGUCGUCGGACCGAAGCUUGCACUCGGAUGAGAGGACGAGGCCGUACGUGGAGCUGUACGCUAAGGAUCAGGAUGCAUUCUUCAAGGCAUUUGGUCUGGCAAUGCAGAAGCUGAGCGAGUAUGGUGUGAAGACUGGAGGGGAAGGUGAGAUUAGACGAAGGUGCGAUGCUUUCAACAACUGAUCGAGUGCAAUACUGUGAAAAAUUCAGGGAGGGACUGUACGUUUAAAUAUUUUGGUUGAUCUCAGCUCUUCUUUCGUUCU